AAUAUGGAAAAGGACAACRCAACUUCACUGACAGUAUUUGUUCUCACAGGACUUAUACAUCAACCACAGUGGAAACUCCCYCUGUUCCUGCUGUUCUUGGUGAUAUUCCUCAUCACCCUUGUGGGGAACCUUGGGUUGAUUACUCUCAUCUGGAAAGACCCCCAGCUUCACAUCCCCAUGUACUUAUUUCUUGGGAGUUUAGCCUUUGUGGAUGCAUCUAUAUCAUCCACAGUGAUUCCAAAGAUGCUGGUCAACUUCUUAGGUAAGAAUAAAUUCAUUUCUCUGUCUGAAUGCAUGGUACAAUUCUUUUCCUUUAAUAUCAGUGCAACCACAGAAUGUUUUCUCCUGGCAGCAAUGGCUUAUGAUCGCUAUGCAGCCAUAUGCAAACCUUUACUCUAUCCAGUAAUAAUGACCAACAGACUAUGCAUAAAUCUGUUAGUCUUGUCAUUUGUAGGUGGACUUCUUCACRCAUUCAUUCAUGAAGGAUUUUUAUUCAGAUUAACCUUCUGUAAUUCCAACAUAMUACAUCACUUUUAUUGYGAUAUUAUAUCAUUGUUCAAGAUUUCCUGCACUGAUCCUUCAAUUAAUUAUCUAAUUGUUUUUAUUUUCUCUGGUUCAAUUCAGAUUUUCACUAUUUUGACAAUUCUGGUCUCUUACACACUUCUUCUCUUCACAAUCUUAAAAAAGUCAGCCAGAGGCAUAAGAAAGGCUUUCUCCACCUGUGGAGCCCAUCUCUUAUCAGUGUCUCUGUACUAUGGUCCUCUUCUCUUCAUGUAUGUGCACCCUGCAUCUCCACAAGUAGAGGAUCAAGAUAUGAUGGUCUCUCUAUUUUAUACUAUCAUAAUUCCUCUAUUGAAUCCAAUUAUAUAUAGUUUGAGGAAUAAGCAAGUCAUAGAUUCAGUGACAAAAUUUUUAAAAAGGAAUGUUUAG